AGAUAGUCCUCCACUAGCUAAGGCAUGUGUGUUCGUUGCCUUUGUCACUACAUUCUUAAUACAUCGAAAAUUCAGUGGAAUUAGUGACAUACUAAGUAGUUCCUCAUAUACAUUUUUUUAAAGGUCUCCCUUUUUUGAUUUCCUCAUAUUUUGUGCUGAUUUGAAAUGUCGACUCAACCACUUUUGCAAACUACUCCAGGAAAAAGGAUUGCACUCCCAGUUCGUGUAGAACCCAAGGUCUUUUUCGCUAAUGAACGUACUUUUCUCUCUUGGCUCAGCUUUGCUGUUGUCUUAGGUGGUUUGUCUGUGGGUUUGUUGAACUUUGGUGACAGAAUUGGAAGGAUUAGCGCUGGUCUCUUUACUGUUGUGGCCAUAGGUACAAUGGCCUAUGCUUUAUCUAUUUACCAUUGGAGAGCUUCUGCUAUUCGGAGAAGAGGAAGUGGUCCUUAUGAUGAUCGUUUUGGACCUACUAUCCUAUGCUUCGUCUUAUUAGCUGCAAUUUUGACAAAUUUUGUUUUAAGAACCUUUUUUUAAAAGGCACUGAGGAAGUGAGGCUAGUAUUAUUUUGAUCACGACUCACCCGUGUCGCAACCUCUAAUUUUGUGUUAUGAACGUCUUCUUAAUCUAUAACGGAACGGGUGUGCCCUAGUAUUUGAGUGAA